UAUGAUGAUGUUAAUUAUUUUCUCUCUUUUAAGUGUUAACAAUAUUUCGUCCGGGAACAGAAAAUUUCAGCCUCUUGAUGAUCCGUGCUAAAGUUGUGUGCUAUCAUUGGUGUGGUGAUCCGUGAUACUACUAAUUAGUGGAAUUGCAGACGACGCAUAUGCAGGCAGUUAACUUCGUUGAAUUUGUGAGAGUUACGGCGUUCGAAGUUGCGAUCACCUGAACAUUUUACAUUGUUUUUCCGUGGAACAGUUGAACGAUGCGUAUCAUGUUUAUCAUCAAAGGUUCAUGUUCCUACGUCAUAGCCAAUUUUCGUAUAAAAGGGUGAAUCACAUAGACUCUAAUGAUACCCACUUUAAACUUUAUGUGAAAUGACUGGAAUUAUCUGUUCUCUCUCUUCGACUCUUUAAUUACUAUGAGAAUUCGGGUUGCAAAAUUAGUCACAUUAAUUGUGUUGUUGCUCAAUUUGUCUGUCUUAUGUUGCAUUUGGAUCUUAUUUUCUAGAAAUGAUGAGGCACAAAGCAUACAGCUAAACAAAUCAUUGAUCAGUACACCUGUUCCACAGACUCUGAAACAUAUAGAAAAUUCUGUAACUGUAAUAAUUAGAAAGUCAGAUUUCUUUGAGAAUGAUAUAACGAAGACUGUGGGAUCGAUAUUGUCCAUAUUGCCAAAUAUAUCAGUCUUAAUAGUGAGUGAUGUUCUGCCUUACCCUCCACUAGAAGUAUCAAACAGUGCAACGAAUGUUAAAGUUAUAAAUAUGCAAUUUCAGCUUGGACAUUCCAACCAAGAAAGAAAUCCAUUGUACCAUGUUAGAACAAAGUAUGUUUUGUUUGUCCCAGAUGCAACUAGAAUUCUCUCAGAAAAUUCCUUGCACAGCAUGAUUUUUGAAUUGAAGAGACAACCCCACAACAUUGUGGCAGCUCCAUUUUCAAGUAUGAAGACAGUUAGUUGUUUGAACAUACAUUUAAAAAUCAGGGAGUGGAUCAUACAAUAUGACUUAUCAGAUAGUGACCUGUGUGAUGCUGUGAAAGGGAAGCAUGCCAUUUUAAUAGAAAGUCGGAUGCUAAAAAAACUGCCAGAAGCAUUAAUCCUUCCUUUUCCAGAUGCAUUAUAUAUCCAAACAGCAGCAGAGAGUAUUAAAGUACAGUUGUUACAGAAUACUUUGUUUACUGAUGGCAGUCCACUGUAUAAAAGCCAUCAUGCCCAAUGGAAGAUUCAACAACUAGAGCAUGUUCAACAGCGGCAAAUGUUUCAGAAUAUGGGACUGAAGAAGGUGGUAAGGGAAACUGGAACUGUGGAAUGGUAUGGGUGCAACAGGGACGUGCCUCGCUGUUUUGGCACUGUGGUGGAUGACAUGCCCCAGUACCUGUGGGAAGGGAAAUGGACACCACCCUGUUGUUUGGCUGGAUUACGCCGAACUGCUCGCCAUGUAUUUACUCACCUUGAUCAGGCUGGCGUCCGUUACUGGUUGGAAGGUGGUAGUCUACUUGGUGCCAUGCGAGCUGCAGAUAUUCUACCAUGGGACUAUGAUGUAGACAUUGGUAUGUUUCGUGAAGAUAUAGAUCGUUGUCCCUUACUGGCACGUGCCCGCAUACAAUCUGUUGUAGAUGAUGAUGGUUUUGUGUGGGAGAAAGCAGGAGAAGGUGAUUUCUUUCGUGUUCAGUUUAGUCACAUCAAUCACUUGCAUGUAGAUAUAUUUCCAUUUUAUCAACGUAACAGUACCAUGACAAAGGACACCUGGUUUCCCACCCAUAAACAAGACAAAGAGUUUCCAGAACAUUUUCUGCAUCCAAUGGCAAGCAUUGAAUUCAUUGGACAAAAAGUACCUGCACCAAAUAAUAUACGUGAUUUUCUUGAGUUCAAGUUUGGAAAAGGAGUUAUUGAAAAUCCUCAGUAUCCAGAUCCCCAGAAAAUUAAGUAUUCAGCAGGGGAUGACACAUUUAACCAAAUAAAUUGAUCAGCAUUGGGCUUACUGUAGUAUCAAAAAGAUACGCAUCAGUUUCACAAAAAGUUUUCUCUAGUUCAGAUGUGUUUCACACACACAUACAUCAGAUUACAGACUGUGCAUUUUAUAUUCUUGUGCUACUGAAUAUGAAACUUCAAACUAUAACUGUCAAGAAAAGUUAUGUAUAUGUGCGUUUGUUUCAUGAACAAGGUUGAGGAAAUUUUCAAUUGUUUGUUCAGCGAAGCUUUCUGGUUUGUUUUAACGGGAUAUUUACUGUUCAAGGCUGUCCCAUUCUCCAAAAAGUUGAAUGUAGAAGAUUUUGAUACAUCAGUAUCUUAUCCAUUCCAGAACAGAUUCUAUCAACUGUUUUACCGUUGAAUAUUAAAAGUGAAAUAUGCCUCCAUUCUAAAAGAAGUUAUUGAAGGAAAGAUUAGACGGACGGAUAGAAGAGACCAGAUGAUGAGGAAGAUGAUGUAAGAUGAUGCUGGAUGACCUUGGGGAGAGAAUAGGAUGUUCUCAUUUGAAGGAGAAAGCUCUAGAUCGCAUUAAGU